AUGUUGUCGGCCAAGCUAAUAAUAUUCGCCACAGCCGGUGUCAGCUUCUUGGGAUACUGCAUAUACUUUGACCGGAAGCGCUUGGCAGACCCGGACUACAAGCGCAAGGUUCAUGACCGUCGUCAACACAAAGCGAAGGCCCAGACUUCCCACGAGGAGGUGGGAAGUAGCCAGAUGGGGAUGGGUUUGCUUGGGGGAGGCGUGAUGCCGUUGCUGGCUGCCGCCGGCGUGGGACGGAAGACGACCGUGCAGCUGCACUUUGAGUCGGAGUUCAGGCUGGGGGAGUAUCUGCUGAUAAAUGGUCACGUGGACGACGGUCUGACCCACUUGUCCAACGCCAUCCUGCUGUGCUCCAAGCCGGGCAGUCUUCUACUGAGCAUCCAGAAGAGUCUGCCGGAGCAGCUGAUUCAUCCGCUUCUGAUGCGGGUGGCGGAGCUGCAGAAGCAGACCAGCCUGGAGUCCUUGAGCGAGUCCGAAGACGAUCAAGCCAGCGGUGCUCAGGCCAAGGAUGCUAACGGAGACGAUUAUGAGUGCACCAUCGACGAGGACUUGACCAUUACAAAGUGCCCAGCCAGUCACCUUCCAGCACCUCUUCCAGUGGUUUAG